UCACUAUUCCUAAUAUUUGGUUCGAAAUAGUUAGGGUGCACUUUUAGCUUGUUCUGCGGAGCAGGGAAGGGACGCUUCCUAUCUGUAAUGGAAAACGAAUACAUCUUAAUGGGAUUUAAAUAAACAGCAGUUAGAAAGUGGAGAUUGUGAUCUGCUGCUGCUGCUGCCAUCAUGUCGGGCAACACAUCUGUCCUUCAGCAGUUUGUGAGCGGCCUGAAGAAUCGCAGCGAGGAGACGCGGGCCAAGGCUGCCAAGGACCUGCAGCACUAUGUCACCACUGAGCUGCGUGAGCUGAGCCAGGAAGAAGCGACCCAGUUCUAUGACGAACUCAACCAUCACAUCUUUGAGCUUGUGUCUAGCUCAGAUGUGAAUGAGAAAAAAGGGGGCAUUCUAGCUAUUGUCAGCCUCAUUGGAGUUGAAGGUGGAAAUGCCACACGCAUCAGUAGAUUUGCAAACUACCUUCGCAACCUGCUUCCGUCCAGCGACCCGGUCGUCAUGGAGAUGGCAUCGAAAGCCAUGGGCCGCCUGUCGAUGGCUGGGGACACGUUCACCGCUGAAUACGUGGAGUUUGAAGUGAAACGGGCCCUGGAGUGGCUGGGAGCUGACAGGAACGAAGGGAGGAGACAUGCAGCAGUGCUGGUGUUGCGGGAGCUGGCAGUCAGCGCGCCCACCUUCUUCUUUCAACAAGUGCAGCCUUUCUUUGACAACAUCUUCUACGCCGUGUGGGAUCCCAAGCAGGCUAUUCGAGAAGGAGCUGUAUCUGCUCUGAGGGCCAGCCUGAUCCUCACCACCCAGAGGGAGACCAAAGAGAUGCAGAAGCCUCAGUGGUACAAGCAAACCUUUGAGGAAGCCGAGAAGGGCUUUGAUGAAAGUCUUGCCAAAGAGAAAGGUAUGAAUCGUGAUGAGCGAGUCCACGGAGCCCUGCUGAUUCUGAACGAGCUGGUGAGGAUCAGCAGCAUGGAGGGGGAGCGCCUGCGUGCGGAAAUGGAGGAGAUCACCCAGCAGCAGUUGGUGCACGACAAAUACUGCAAGGAAAUGAUGGGCUUCGGGACCAAGCCCCGGCACAUCACCCCCUUCACCAGCUUCCAGUCCGUGCAGCCGCAGCAGUCCAACGCCCUGCUGGGCCUCCUGGGAUACAACACCCCGCAAGGCAUCCUGACCUUCGGGGCCGCCCCUGCCCCCACAAAGACCACGCUGGUGGAGAGCAGGUACUGCCGGGAGAUGAUGGAGGAGCGCUUUAAUCAGGUCUGCCAAUGGGUGUUGAAGUACAGAACAAGCAAGAAUCCCCUCAUUCAAAUGGCAAUCCUCAACCUCCUGCCUCGCCUGGCUGCCUUCCAGUCUCAUACAUUCACAGACCAGUAUUUGUCUGACACCAUGGGCCACCUCCUGGGCUGUCUGAAGAAGGAGAAGGAACGCACUGCUGCCUUCCAGGCUCUGGGGCUGCUGGUUGUGGCUGUCAAGACCGAGAUCCAGCCGUACCUCACCAGAGUACUGGAGAUCAUCAAGGCAGCUCUGCCUCCCAAGGAUUUUGCCCACAAGAGGCAGAAGAGCAUGCAGGUGGACGCCACAGUGUUCACCUGUAUCAGCAUGCUGUCCCGUGCAAUGGGUCCCUGUAUCCAACAGGACAUCAAGGAGCUGCUGGAGCCCAUGCUGACUGUGGGGCUCAGCCCAGCCCUGACAGCGGUGCUGUAUGACCUGAGCCGACAGAUCCCCCUGCUGAAGAAGGACAUCCAGGACGGGCUGCUGAAGAUGCUGUCCCUCGUUCUCAUGCACAAGCCCCUCCGGCAUCCGGGCAUGCCCAAGGGCCUGGCUCACCAGCUUUCCUCGCCCAGCCUCACCAACAUCCCUGAGGCCAGCGACGUGGGCAGCAUCACCCUGGCACUGCGCACGCUCGGCAGCUUCGAGUUCGAAGGACACUCGCUCACCCAGUUUGUCCGUCACUGUGCUGACCACUUCCUGAACAGCGAGCACAAGGAGAUCCGCAUGGAGGCGGCACGGACCUGCUCCCGCCUGCUCACCCCCUCCAUCCACCUGAUCAGCGGGCACGGCCAUGUGGUCAGCCAGACUGCCGUGCAGGUGGUGGCAGACGUGCUCAGCAAGCUGCUGGUGGUGGGGAUCACAGACCCAGACCCUGAUAUCCGCUACUGCGUGCUGGCAUCGCUGGAUGAGCGCUUUGAUGCCCACUUAGCUCAGGCUGAAAACCUCCAGGCUCUCUUUGUGGCUCUUAAUGAUGAGGUGUUUGAGAUUCGAGAGCUCGCUAUCUGCACCAUCGGCCGCCUGAGCAGCAUGAACCCAGCCUUCGUCAUGCCUUUCCUGCGCAAGAUGCUGAUUCAGAUUUUAACUGAGCUGGAGCACAGCGGGGUGGGUAGAAACAAAGAGCAGAGUGCUAGGAUGCUUGGGCACCUGGUCUCCAACGCGCCUCGCCUUAUCCGACCGUACAUGGAGCCCAUUCUUAAGGCUUUAAUACUGAAGCUUAAGGACCCUGACCCUAACCCUGGUGUGGUGAUCAGUGUUCUAGCCACUAUUGGGGAGCUUGCUCAGGUGAGCGGUCUAGAGAUGAGGAAGUGGAUGGAUGAACUCUUCCCAAUCAUCAUGGACAUGCUGCAGGAUUCCUCUUCCCUGGCUAAAAGACAGGUGGCUCUCUGGACCCUGGGGCAGCAGGUAGCCAGUACUGGCUAUGUGGUGGAGCCCUAUCGCAAAUACCCUUCACUGCUCGAGGUGCUGCUCAACUUCCUCAAGACUGAGCAGAACCAAGGGAUCCGGAGAGAGGCUAUCCGGGUGCUGGGUCUCCUAGGUGCCUUGGACCCUUACAAACACAAGGUGAACAUCGGGAUGAUCGACCAGUCAAGAGACGCUUCAGCCGUCAGUCUGUCUGAAUCCAAGUCCAGCCAGGACUCAGCUGACUACAGCACCAGCGAGAUGCUGGUGAACAUGGGGAACCUGCCCCUGGAUGAGUUCUACCCAGCCGUUGCCAUAGUUACCCUGAUGCGUAUCCUGCGGGACCCCUCUCUCUCUAACCACCACACCAUGGUGGUGCAAGCCGUCACCUUCAUCUUCAAGUCGCUGGGUCUCAAGUGUGUGCAGUUCCUGCCACAGGUCAUGCCAACCUUCCUGAAUGUCAUUCGAGUGUGUGAUGCCAAUAUCAGAGAGUUCUUGUUCCAGCAACUGGGAAUGCUGGUUUGCUUUGUCAAGAUCCAUAUCAGGCCAUACAUGGAUGACAUUUUUACCCUGAUCAGAGAAUACUGGACCCCAAACAACCCUAUGCAGAAUACCAUCAUCCUGCUGAUUGAGCAGAUUGUGGUGGCUCUGGGAGGAGAGUUCAAACUGUACCUGCCGCAGCUCAUCCCUCACAUGCUGCGUGUCUUCAUGCAUGACAACAGCACGGGGCGCAGCGUCACUGUGAAGUUAUUAAACGCUAUUCAGCUGUUUGGUGCAAACCUGGAUGAUUACCUGCACCUGUUGCUUCCACCCAUUGUAAAGCUCUUUGAUGCCCAGGAUGUUCCGCUACAGGCUCGCAAGGUUGCCUUGGAGACCCUGGACAGGCUGACCGAAUCCCUGGACUUCACUGACUACGCCUCCCGGAUCAUCCACCCCAUCGUACGCACGCUGGACGGGACCCCCGAGCUGCGCACCACCUCCAUGGACACCCUUUCCUCUCUGGUCUUACAGCUGGGCAAGAAGUACCAGAUCUUCAUUCCUAUGGUGAACAAGGUGAUGCAGAAGCACAGGAUAAGCCACCAGCGCUACGAUGUGCUCAUAUGUCGCAUUGUCAAGGGUUACACGUUGGCUGAAGAGGAGGAGGACUCUCUGAUCUACCAACAUCGCCAGCAGAGGAGCAACCAGGGCGACAUGCUGGUCAGCGGACCUGUGGAGACCGGGCCCAUGAAGAAACUCCAUGUCAGCACCUCUGCUUUGCAAAAGGCAUGGGGAGCCGCCAGAAAAGUCUCCAAGGACGACUGGUUGGAGUGGCUGAGACGGCUGAGUGUGGUGCUGCUGAAAGAGUCCUCCUCCCCAGCCCUGCGAUCGUGCUGGUCCCUGGCUCAGGCCUACAUCCCCCUGGCCAGAGACCUGUUCAACGCUGCCUUCUUGUCCUGCUGGUCGGAGCUCAGCGAGGAGCAGCAGGAUGAACUGAUCCGUAGUAUCGAGCUGGCUCUGACCUCGCAGGACAUUGCAGAGGUCACCCAGACCCUGCUCAACCUGGCUGAGUUCAUGGAGCACAGUGACAAGGGCCCGCUGCCCUUGAGAGAUGACAAUGGUAUCGUCCUGCUGGGCGAGAGAGCGGCUAAGUGCCGGGCCUACGCCAAAGCCCUGCACUACAAGGAGCUGGAGUUUCAGAAGGACCCCUCCCCUCUCAUCCUGGAGUCCCUCAUCAGCAUCAACAACAAGCUGCAGCAACCAGAAGCGGCAGCUGGUGUUCUGGAAUAUGCCAUGAAGCACUUCGGGGAGCUGGAGAUCCAGGCUACCUGGUAUGAGAAGCUACACGAAUGGGAAGAUGCUCUGGUGGCGUACGAUAAGAAGAUUGACAUGAACAAGGAGGAUCCUGAGCUGAUGCUGGGGAGAAUGCGCUGCCUGGAGGCACUGGGUGAAUGGGGUCAGCUGCAUCAGCAGUGCUGUGAGGAAUGGGCUCUGGUCAGCGAGGACACUCAAGCUAAGAUGGCCCGCAUGGCGGCUGCAGCUGCUUGGGGCCUGGGCCACUGGGACAGUAUGGAAGAGUACACCUGCAUGAUCCCCAGAGACACCCACGAUGGGGCUUUCUAUAGGGCAGUCCUGGCUCUGCAUCAGGAUCUCUUCUCAUUGGCUCAGCAGUGUAUUGACAAAGCAAGAGACCUCCUGGAUGCUGAGCUGACUGCCAUGGCUGGAGAGAGUUACAGUCGGGCCUAUGGGGCCAUGGUGUCGUGUCAGAUGCUGUCUGAGCUGGAGGAGGUGAUCCAGUACAAACUGGUCCCAGAGAGAAGGGAGAUCAUUAGGGAGACCUGGUGGGAACGGCUACAGGGCUGCCAGAGAAUCGUGGAGGACUGGCAGAGGAUCCUGAUGGUGCGUUCCCUGGUUAUCAACCCGCACGAAGACAUGAGGACGUGGCUCAAAUACGCCAGCCUCUGUGGCAGGAGCGGCCGCUUGGCUCUGGCUCACAAGACCCUUGUCCUGCUGCUCGGAGUGGAUCCCUCUAAACAGCUGGACCACCCCCUGCCGACUGUCCACCCCCACGUCACCUACGCGUACAUGAAGCACAUGUGGAAGAGCGCGCGGAAGAUCGAUGCCUUCCAGCACAUGCAGCACUUUGUUCAGAACAUGCAGCAGGAAGCCCAGCACGCCAUAGCAGCUGAGGAGCAGCACCACAAACUGGAGCUCCACAAACUCAUGGCCAGAUGCUUCCUGAAGCUGGGUGAGUGGCAGCUGAGCCUUCAGGGAAUCAAUGAAAGCACUAUUCCCAAGGUGCUGAAGUACUACAGCCAUUCCACAGAGCACGAUCGCAACUGGUACAAGGAAACCCCCUCCGAGCUGGUAUUUUCAACAUGGGCCUAUAAGGCCUGGCAUGCGUGGGCAGUGAUGAACUUCGAAGCCGUCCUUCACUAUAAGCACCAGAACCAGGGGCGGGACGACAAGAAGAAGCUGCGCCACGCCAGCGGAGCCAGCGCCAAUGGCGAGGCCAGCAACAGCGAGAGCGAGGCAGACAGCAAUGACAACAGCCCCGCGCCCUCGCCCCUGCAGAAGAAGGUCAACGAGGACCUGUCCAAAACCCUGCUGAUGUACGCUGUCCCUGCCGUCCAGGGCUUCUUCCGCUCCAUCGCCCUGUCCCGGGGCAACAACCUGCAGGACACACUCCGAGUCCUGACAUUGUGGUUUGAUUACGGACACUGGCCUGAAGUGAAUGAAGCUUUGGUGGAGGGGAUCAAGACUAUUCAGAUUGACACCUGGUUACAGGUUAUCCCUCAGCUUAUUGCUCGAAUCGACACUCCUCGAGCCCUGGUGGGACGGCUCAUUCAUCAGCUCCUCACUGACAUUGGCAGAUACCACCCGCAGGCGCUGAUCUAUCCACUGACUGUAGCCUCCAAGUCCACCACCACUGCCCGGCACAACGCAGCCAACAAGAUCCUCAAGAACAUGUGUGAGCACUGCAAUACCUUGGUCCAGCAGGCCAUGAUGGUAAGCGAGGAGCUGAUUCGAGUGGCUAUCCUCUGGCAUGAGAUGUGGCACGAGGGUCUGGAGGAGGCGUCGCGUCUUUACUUCGGCGAGCGGAACGUCAAGGGCAUGUUCGCCGUGCUGGAGCCGCUCCACGCCAUGAUGGAGAGGGGCCCGCAGACUCUCAAAGAGACCUCCUUCAACCAGGCGUACGGCCGGGACCUGAUGGAGGCUCAGGAGUGGUGCAGGAAGUACAUGAGGUCUGGGAAUGUGAAGGACCUCACCCAGGCGUGGGACCUCUACUACCACGUCUUCCGCAGGAUAUCCAAGCAGCUGCCGCAGUUGACCUCUCUUGAACUCCAGUACGUGUCCCCCAAACUCCUCAUGUGUCGGGAUCUGGAAUUGGCAGUUCCUGGAACAUAUGACCCCAAUCAGCCAAUCAUACGCAUUCAGUCCAUAGCGCCUUCCCUACAAGUCAUCACUUCCAAACAGAGACCAAGGAAACUGACCAUCAUGGGGAGCAAUGGCCACGAGUUCAUGUUCUUGCUGAAGGGUCACGAGGACCUGCGGCAAGAUGAGAGGGUUAUGCAGCUCUUUGGAUUGGUCAACACCCUCCUGGCAAACGACCCUGCAUCCCUGCGCAAGAACCUCAGCAUCCAGAGGUAUGCUGUGAUUCCUCUGUCUACAAACUCUGGUUUGAUUGGCUGGGUCCCGCACUGCGACACUCUGCACGCCCUCAUCAGGGACUACAGAGAGAAGAAGAAGAUUCUUCUGAACAUCGAGCACCGCAUCAUGCUGCGGAUGGCUCCAGAUUACGACCACCUGACUCUGAUGCAGAAAGUGGAGGUGUUUGAGCACGCUGUUAACAACACAGCUGGGGAUGACCUGGCUAAGCUGCUCUGGCUCAAGAGCCCCAGCUCUGAGGUGUGGUUUGACAGGAGAACCAAUUACACUCGCUCCUUAGCAGUGAUGUCAAUGGUGGGCUACAUUUUGGGUCUUGGAGACAGGCAUCCUUCAAACUUGAUGUUGGACAGGUUAAGUGGAAAGAUCUUACACAUUGACUUUGGUGACUGUUUUGAGGUUGCCAUGACGAGAGAGAAAUUUCCAGAAAAAAUUCCCUUCAGGCUGACGAGAAUGUUGACCAACGCUAUGGAGGUGACAGGCCUGGAUGGUAACUACAGGAUCACUUGUCACACAGUGAUGGAGGUGUUGCGUGAGCACAGAGACAGCGUCAUGGCUGUGCUGGAGGCAUUUGUGUACGACCCACUGCUCAACUGGAGGCUGAUGGAUACAAACACCAAAGGUAAUAAACGUUCCAGGACAGGAACAGACUCCUACACUGCCGGUCACUCUGUAGAAACCCUGGAGGGAAUCGAGCUUGGGGAGAGCUCUCACAAGAAACCAGGGACCACAGUGCCUGAAUCGAUUCAUACCUUCAUUGGAGAUGGCCAAGUGCAGCCUGAAGCCUUGAACAAAAAAGCUAUUCAGAUUAUCAACCGUGUCCGGGACAAGCUCACGGGACGAGAUUUCUCUCAUGAUGAGACCCUGGAUGUCCCAACUCAAGUGGAGCUCCUGAUCAAGCAGGCAACGUCCCACGAGAACCUCUGCCAGUGCUACAUAGGAUGGUGUCCAUUUUGGUAACAAAUGUCUUAUGCUGCCCACUGGUACUCUGCAUCACAACAGACGGAAGCCAUGUUUCUUAGCUCCAUGUGCCCAGGAUCGAGUUGAUUCAGACCUGCAUUUCUAUAAAAACCCAAAUAAACUGUACUUGCGGUUUAAUGCUGUGACUUACAGUAGAAAUAAACGUAUAUAAUAAAAUAUAAACCUUGACUAGCUGAUGUGUACUAUGUCUUUAUUGGAAAUAAAUGAUCAAAACAGAAA